AUGUCCUGGCGGGUGGAGGACGUGUACUCCGAUCGGUGUGUUCUGCUUACUGGAUCGACGGGAUUCUUGGGAAAGGUGCUUGUUGAAAAAAUACUAUGGGCUCUGCCAAAUGUUGGUCAGAUAUUCCUGCUUAUACGUCCAGCCAAGGGAUUGUCACCGAAAGAAAGACUCGAAAAGGUUUUGCAGGAUCCGCUGUUCAACCGGCUGCGUGAACAUAGGCCUCAGAUGUUCAGCAAGUUGGUGCCGAUUGCCGGCGACCUCAUGGAGAACAAUCUUGGUCUAAAUCAACAUGACAUGCAGAAUAUAUGCGAUCAGGUGAGCAUCGUGAUUCAUAGUGCAGCCACAGUGAAAUUUGACGAGCAGCUCAGAGAUGCCGUAGAGAUGAACGUCGUAGGCACUACUAGGCUCAUUGCCUUGUGUCAUAAGAUGCAGAAACUGAUCGCACUGGUCCAUGUGUCAACCGCAUACGCGAAUUGUGAUCGGGCCGAGAUAGAAGAAAAGGUGUAUGAUCCGCCAGUUUCUCCACAGAAGCUAAUGGAAGCUAUCGAAUGGAUGAACAACGAUAUGUUAACUUUGAUCACUCCGAAAUUGUUGGGAAGUCGCCCGAACACCUACACGCUCACAAAGGCGUUGGCUGAGACGCAACUAGUUGAAGACGCCAAGCAACUACCGGUAAUCAUCAUUCGACCGUCGAUUGUUGGUGCCAUGUGGAAAGAUCCACUCCCUGGCUGGACAGAUAACAUCAACGGACCAACUGGUAUUUUCGCAGCGGUCGGCAAAGGAGUACUGACCAACAUGUGCGGAAGUGCGAGCUCAAAAGCAGACAUUAUCCCCGUGGACAUCGUCGCCAAUAUGAUCAUCGUUGCUGCGGCUCACCGAGCUGUUACUAUGUAUGAUACGAUACCCGUGAUGCAUUGUGCUUCUGGCGAUCUCAACCCUUUGAGGUGGGAGAAAAUCGUCAACUUCUUGGAACAAUUCUACCAUGAGCAGUUCAACUUCGACGUCAGGCAACUUGACUGGGAUUCAUAUCUCUUUGAUUAUGUUAUGGGAAUCAAAAAAUAUAUUCUGAAGGAGGAUCUUGAUAAGCUUCAAGCCGCACGAGCAAAACUAGCACGGAUGCGUAUAUACCGUACUCUGAUGACAGGCCUAUUUUGGUAUGCCGCUGUACAUCUUCUUGGUUUUGACAGUCGGAAAAAUCGAAAAUGGACGGCAUGGCUCGUCGGAUUCUCGACGUCACAUCUGCUCUUGAAUUACAAUUUCCGUCCAAAAGUACAAUUGAAAUCAUUGGAGGAGUACAAGAAAACCACAUAUUGCUAG